CUUUUCAAAGUUUUUUUUUUUAAAACAUAAUGGUUAUUAAAGUCGGUAUCAACGGUUUUGGUCGUAUUGGACGUCUCGUCCUACGUGCUUCUUUAAAUCGUUCCGACAUCGAAAUUGUGGGCUUAAAUGACCCUUUUUUGGACCCCUCUUAUAUGGCUUACCUUUUCAAAUACGAUUCAACCCAUGGCCGCUAUAAAGGUCAAAUUGAAGCAAAAGAUGGAAAAUUGAUACUUAACGGUAAGGAAAUUGCCGUCUUCGGAGAAAAAAAUCCGGCCGACAUUAAAUGGUGUGAUGUUGGUGCCGAAUACGUUAUUGAAUCAACUGGUGUUUUCACAACUACCGAAAAAGCUUCAGCUCACUUGAAGGAGGGAGCUAAAAAAGUCAUUAUCUCUGCACCCAGCGCUGAUGCUCCAAUGUUUGUAUGUGGUGUGAAUUUGGAUGCCUACAAACCGGAAUAUAAUGUGAUCUCCAAUGCUUCUUGCACCACCAAUUGUCUAGCACCAAUAGCAAAAGUGCUUAAUGAUAAAUUCGGUAUUAUUGAAGGCCUGAUGACCACAGUUCACUCUACUACCGCCACUCAAAAGACGGUUGACGGACCAUCUGGAAAGGAUUGGAGAGGCGGAAGAGGCGCAAGCCAAAACAUUAUUCCUAGCUCUACAGGUGCAGCAAAAGCCGUCGGAAAGGUUAUUCCAUCCUUGAAUACAAAACUCACUGGCAUGGCUUUUCGAAUUCCUACAGCUGACGUCUCAGUUGUUGAUUUAACUGCUCGUUUAGGAAAAGAAACAAGCUAUGAAGAAAUUAAAAAAGUUAUGAAGGAGGCCUCUGAAACUGAGUUGAAGGGAAUCCUUGCUUAUACCGAAGAUGAUGUCGUUUCUACAGACUUUAUCGGCGACACUCACUCUAGUAUUUUUGAUGCCAAAGCUGGUAUCGCAUUAAAUUCUACGUUUGUCAAAGUCGUCGCGUGGUACGAUAACGAAUACGGUUAUGCCACCCGUUGCGUCGAUUUGAUUGCUCACAUUGCUAAAAUUGAUGGCGCAGCAUAGGCAAUAACAUUUGUAUUUGUAAUUUAUCAAAUUUAUUAUCAAGUGUUUAUUGUAUACGAUAAAAGUUUAAAUAAAAUUAUUUUUGAAUAUUAAACCAAUUUACAAAUAUUUUUUGCUAACGUAAAAUUUAGUAUAAUAUAAA